AAAUACAGUUAAAGCAGAAAUAGUUUAAAUGGCGCCACAGCCAGUGGUUACAGGACUUUCCCCCAAGGAAGGCCCACCGGGUACGCGCGUUAUCAUACGUGGCGAAUUUCUGGGCAACCGCCCGCAGGAUUUAGUUGGGCUGAAAAUAUGCGACUCCGACUGCCUGCUGUCUGCGGAAUGGAAGUCGCCGAAUAAAAUCAUAGCACGCACGGGCCCGGCCAGAGGUAAGGGCGAUAUUAUAGUGACGACUGUAAGUGGGGGCGUUGGCACCUCCACUGUGCAGUUUAGGGUCUAUCAUGAGACUAUUGGGCCGCUUAAGGAGUCGGCUGUGUGGAUUGAAGAAUCAUCGCCACAAAACUUCGCUUGGGGUCGCCGUACUCUGACCCAAUCGGGACUUACACAGGAAGACCCGCUUGGACUGUCGAUUGAGGGCAACGAGCAAAAGAUACCUGAAGAUUUGCGCGACUUGGUGCCCGAUGCGUGUGGCGAUUUGUCUCAGGAGAAUUUUUCUCCCGCCUGGUUUCUUCUCGAAAAUCAUUCGGCCACUUCAUUUGUGGACUUAAAAGCUGGCCUCUCCUAUUUAAAACGUAAAGUGGAGAGCCAGAAGGAGGGCCAAUUGUCAUUUUUGAAAUCGAAUGCUGGCUCCGUAAUCGACCAACUGGACACAUUAAUGAAUAUCAGAGACAAGUUGCAGGAGGAUACCAAGCUACAUGGCAGCGAACCGCUAGAUGUGCUGGAGCUGUCUAUUAAAAAUUCAAUCAUUGAAUCCAAGAAAAUCUUUGACGAUGUGCUGGUGCGCAAGGAAAAGGCGGAUUCAACGCGUGCUGUGCUGUUUGCGCUGUCACGACAUAAGUUUCUCUUCUGCUUGCCUAAUGCAGUCGAUCGGUUAGCCGAGGCUGGCGAAUAUGACAAGGUGGUGAAUGAUUAUUCACGCGCCAAGAAUCUGUUUGGCAAAACGGAAAUACCAAUUUUCCGCAAAGUGCUUGAGGAGGUCGAUCAGCGCAUUAUGCAGAUACGCAAGCAGCUGCACGAGAAAGUUGUCAAAAUGCCGCAGCGGGUGGAGCAGCAAAAGAAACUAAUCAAGGCUCUCACCAGUUUGGAAGUGCAGCAGAGCGGCACACUUGUCGGCGACAAGCUGCGCAACAUCGAUCCCGCCUGGGAUGCCAUUGAGGCGCGUGCGAAGUAUUUGGAGACAACGCUGCGACACACCUUUGAGCAGUAUGCCAACAGGGAUGCAGCCACACAGGAUAAGUUGAAGAAUCGCGAUCCAAACCAAACACCCAGCAGAGUGAACUUUUGCGAGGAGAUCUGCGAUAUAGCCGCCUCCCAAUUGCCUGAUCUCUGGCGACUGGGCCAGUUGUAUUUUACGGGAGAGCUGCGCGGCCAACACGAUCCGAAGCCUGGCGACUUCAAACGCAUGAUAUUAAAUGCUAUUGAAAAGUUUUGUGUAUAUUUGCGACUUACAAUUCUAAUAGCCGCCGAUCAGCGCACAUUGCGUCAGACAACCGGUUUGUCGUGGCCCAUUGGCUCUAACACGGCCACGCAUCAGUUCCUGUCUUGGAUACCGCAGUGUCUGCGCUACACGCGGAUUGCUUACGCAACAUUAAUUAGUCUGGAUUUGCCAUCCGAGGCUUUAGACAUCAUACAGAAACUGAUCGAUGAAGUGCGGCUCUUUUGUUUUUCAAUCAUUUUCAAACGCGCAACAGAUCGCUGUAAGAAGCUGGAUGCGCAGGAGACCUGGGAAAUGGGUGUGGAAGAUUUUCCGGGCGCCACACUCCUGCCAGCCGCCUUGGAAGCCCUGCUGGUGGAGACACUAGACGAAGUGCAGUCUGUUUGCAUGCAGCCGGAGGCUCGCGAAGGCAAUCUGCUGGAGCCGCAGUCCGAUGGGCAACGUGAAGUGUCGCAGCGCCUGCAGGAGUUCCUGUCUGCCUUCAGUCGCGUCAUUGAAGAGCUGGCCUAUCAAUCGCACGAUGAGGAAACACCAACACACAAUGUAUCCCAGCUCCUGGGCUUUCCCAAUGCCCAGCACACGGAUCCGAAUGUCAGCUCUGGCCAUUUCUAUGCGACCGGAACUUCAGCGGUCACUUGGGAGCAGCGCAUGCUCUGCUGCCUUGCCAAUUAUGCGUAUUGCAACAAAAGUUUCUUUCCGCAUAUUGGAGAGCUGUUUGUCAAGUACGGCUAUCCGCUGCCGACGCUUGCCAUCGAAACUUCGCGGUAUACGGUCAACCAAUUGUUUACCAAUCUUCUCGAGGAGUAUGUCGAGCACAAGGGGGAUCCCCUGGUGGGCACCAUUGAGCCCUCCAUGUACUUGGGUCGCUUUCAGUGGGACCAUGAGAUGGAGAUUGGAAAACUGCGUCCAUACGCCCACGAGUGCUGCGAUAAUCUCGUCGGCGUCUAUUCCGAGAUCUACACAAUUUCGCCAGCUUUGCUGCGCCCGAUCUUAGAAUCCAUUGUGCAGACCAUAUCGGAGGAGCUGGCGCGUCUCAUGAGCUGCGUUCGUCGCUUCAGUUUCACGGGCGCCAUACAAGCCAAUGUCGACAUCAGGCUGCUCAGAGAUGCUCUCGAAAAUUACGUCAAUGAGACGGCCAAAAACUACUUUCUAGAGGCUUUAGAAGCCAUUAAUCCGCCUCUGAAUGCUGAACAAAAGCGCAAGGCGGAUGAGAUUUUGGGGCAUGUGAAGCACAAUAUGAGACUUCAAUUGCUCUGCUUUGGAGUUAAGGAUCUUUAAAAAACAUUCCUUCAUAUUUAUACGUAAGUUUAAAUAUGCUUACACAUACAUUAAUCAGUAGUUUUGCUUAUUUAUGAGUCUCUACGUUUUUAAAACAACCGGGUGGGUAUACGAGUAUAUGCAUAUACUAUAUUUUAACAAAAUGAAAACUAAACGAAUCGAAUUUUGUGGCACGCUCACAAAAUGCAAUUAUUUGUUUGGCCCUUCAAAAUAUUUAAAAUAAUGUGUGUACCGAAUUUUUAAUUUGUGUAGAAUUUAUUUCCGCUUUCCUUCUAUAACUGGACAUUAAAAAAUAUUGAAAUUGA